AUGUUAGCGGUGCUAAUUGCUGCUGCACUUGCAUCACACAUCAUUGCUGACGGCGCGCAAGCGACAACGACGACCUUCAAUAAUGCAAUUCAUGAUGAGCCGGCAGUAGAAUGCGGGCAUGGUACCAUCACAGUGAAGGUGAAAACUGCGACCCAAAAACCAUCGUAUAUUUUCGCUAAAGGACAUUUUCAUAAGGAUAAUUGCCAUUUCAAGGAAACGAACAAUGCAACAUUUCACUUCGAACAGUGCAAUAUCAACAGAAAGCGUGAGGUGAAUCCGAGAGGAAUGGCUUAUUCAUUAACAGUUAUUGUGCAGCUUCAUCCGAUCUAUUUUUCCGAAACUCCUUAA